AUGUCUGUGAUUCUCGAUGCCUCCCAAAUUGAUACCGACAUGGCGCCCGAGAGUGCCUCGGAUGACCAUCCCGCUCGCCAUGCAUCGCGAUCACGUCCUAGCCGGGAAAACACCAUACCGUCGGCCCUUCUGAAGAGAGAUAGGUCUGCGUCAGCGACCCCCAAGGUUGAGCGCACCAUGUCCAUGACCGAUAGCUUUAUACUGGAGCACCUCAAACACGCCGGCCCUCAAUCUCCUCCUUCCGAGCUUGAUGAUUCGCAUCCUGGAACUCCUCGGAAGGACAAAGAUACUUUCGCUCCCAUAUCCAACUGGGCCCACUUGUCAUACCUAAAGACUCAGAGGACCCAACUUCGGACCGAACUCAAAGUUCACCAAGUUGCUGGUGCGGAAGCGAAGCAUUCAAUAUCUUCACUGCGCCGUCUUGCAUUUCGUAUGGCAGUGAAUAUUUCUGUAAAGGAGAAACAGAUUGCCAACACAGCGCGCAACCUUGCUAGCAGUCGCAAGAAGAACUAUCUGUCAACUCGCGAUACGGAGAAGAGGAUUGCAGAGCUCACCAAGAGUUUGCAAGAGGAGGAGUAUCGGAACAAGGAUAUCCUUGAAUGCUUGGAGAAGGCUUCAAUGCUCACGCUGCAGUAUUCCGACCCUGAUCAACAAGUAUCGAAUCGCAUGCAGCCUGGCCUCGCAUCUCCACCGAAUACCCCGCCGACUCGCAUUCUGCACGGAUCCCACAACUCGACCGGGACGCCUAAGACUCCCACACGACCUACCAGCUCGCUAUGGGGCAACAACGGGUGCGACUUCACGCCAGAGUCGAGCACUGCCGACAUACGUACUCAAGACGGCCGUUUGAUCCAAGCGAAGCGGGAAUCAGACCGCGCCCUUGCAGUAUGUCGGGACAGGGUAGCGCAGUUGCGGACAGAGUGCGCGAAGAACAACGAUGCGGCGGGUCUAUGGACCGCAACGCAAACGGGACUGGAAGCGGAGAUCGAGAACCAUCAGACGCGCAUCGCGAACUUGGAGCGAUCGAGAGCUGCUGUUGAAGAGAACUUGCGCCAGACGAAGUUGGAACUCGAGGAGUCGGCGAAGUUCCAAGGGGAGCUACGUGCCGAUCUACAAUCUAAACGCGAAGAAGUCAAGGAACUAGAGAGCACUUCCAAGGACCGACAAGAUACUAUCAGGAAACUGACAGAAGAGAAGGCAUCGCUUCAAGCGGAAGUUGAAAAUUACGACGGUCGUCUGCAGAAGCUUGAGACAUGUACGACUGGGCUGGAGGAAGAGCUUAAAAAUUUGCAUAGAAAGCUCAGUGAAGCAGAGCAACGUGAAGCGGACCUUCGGGAUCGCCUCGCCGAGAAUGAAAUAGUUCGCAGAACGAUGGAUCAGCAGUUGAGGCAGGGUCGCGAAAAUGUGGCUACCCUGGAGAAGUCGGUCUUCUUUUUCCAGGGUCAGAUAACGGAAGAGUCAAAAAAAGUCAAAGUUUCUAGCGGAGUUAUCUCUUCUCUGAGGAAUGACGUAAAGGAAUCGGAAGAGCUCAAACGUCAUGCAGAAGCGGCUUUGGCGGUAGUCCAAGGAUCCCUGACUGAACUAGAGUCUAGGCUUCACUCGGCAGAGGAGGCUAACCACGAUUUGCGAGCGGAAUUGGAUUCGUCUAUCUUGGCUCACCGCGAAUUAGAAAAAGGGCUUCGGUCGACCAAAGCGCAACUUGCUGAUGAGGCUGGCCAGAAGGAGAAACUACAGACUGAGCUAUACGCACUGCGACAGUCUCGGGACAUCCUGGAGCAUGAUCUAGAGGCAGCCAAAGCACGAAUACAGGAGCUGGAAGGAGCAGAUGCGGCCACGAAACAGGAGUUGCAGUCUUUAAGAGAGUCUGAAGCCACAAUUGAACGCGAUCUUGAAGCCGCUCACAGACAUUCUGGUGAAUUACAAAAGGGCCUGGAUGAAAACAGUGGCAAGCUUGCUUCGCUGCAAACGCACACGAAUGAGUUGACCACUCAAUUGCAAAAGACAGAACAGGCAAGGACAGCACUCGAAGCACAGCUACACGGCUCUGAGCAGAAGAGGAGUAUGCUUGAGGCUCAGUUGGAGGACUCCCACAAGGCCAGAUCUGAGACGGUGACACGUCUCAACACCCUGUUCGGCUUGAAAGCAGACAUUGAGCGGGAGCGAAAUACCCACCAAUCUCAACUAGCUCACAUGACAUUGGAAGCGACUGGCCUGCAAUCUCAGUUGUCCCUCUUGAAAGAUGAGCUUCACCAAAGUCAGCAGACCAAGGUCGAGCUUGAAGAACGUCUUGAGAAGGCACAGUCCGAGGCUCAGGCUCUCAGCGCUGAGAGUUCAGCACUGCACGAGCAGCUGUCAGUCAAUUUAAAAACCCAUUCGGAAGCGCAAGAGCACCUGGGCUCUCUCCAAGGCGAAGCUGCAACUCUGAACAUCCGCAUUUCCGAACUGCAGGGCAGAGCCGACGCGGGUGAUAUUUCACAGGCUGAGGUAGAGCGCAGCCUGCGUGAAUCGGUACAGAACCUUGAAAUCUUGAAGCGCGAACUUACAAACACUCAAGACCGGCUAUCAACCGUUGAUGGAGAAAGCGAAACUCUCCGGUCGAAGCUAUCUAGCCUUGAAACGGACUGGACACUCGUUCAGGCAUCCAAGAAAGAGAUUGAUCGGCAACUGAAGGAAGCAACUGAGGAUCGCAGCAAGCGGGAGAACGAAGUGGAGUCGCUCAGCUUCCAGCUUGGUGACGUGACUUCCGAAAGAGACGAACUGCUUGUGAGGGUUGCUGCGACCGAGCAAGACCUUAAGAAGCUGCAGGAGGCCAGGAUCGACUUCGAAGAGCGCUUAGCAAAAGAGACAGAAUUAAACAUGGAACUGGAUUCGGAGCUCCGGUCGACACGAUCUAAAUUAUAUGUUUUCCAGACGGAGAAUGCAACACUGCAGACGCGACUCACCGAGAACAGCGCGGAGCUGAAGAACCUGCAAUUGAAGCAUAGGGAACUUGACGAACGCCUGACCACUGUCGCUGAGGGCAAGGCCAGCCUUGAGGAGGAUGUCACCUCCGCCCGGGGCCUCCACAAGCAGUCAGAAACCAAUGCUGCGACUCUCAACAGGCGAAUUGUCGAGCUGAGUGAGGAAGCUGAUAGUCUCCGCUUAGCGAAAGCCGAGGUUGAGCAACGACUUGAAGAAGUGACCAAAUCUAACGAGGACGUUGAAAAGGAGUUGGGAGAUGCUCGUUCCCGCUUGUCAGUAUUCAAGGUCGACACAUCAGCUCUGCAUACUAAACUAUCCGAUGCACACAAUGAGCUCGAUAUCGUGCGCAAGGCCAAGACAGAUCUUGAGGAGCGCUUCAGCACCGCAGCUGGUUCAACAAAUCAAGUAGAGAAGGAUCUCGAAGCAGUCCGCUCACAGCUCCAGGAACAAGAAUUUCAAGGCGCCACUAUGAUUUCUAAGAUCUCUGAAGCGGACAAAGAGCUCGCGAAAUUGAAGCAAACGAACGACAAGCUCAAUGCUUCUGAAAAGGACCUGAUGCAUCGGCUCGAGGUAGCAGAGGAGGAGCUGCGGUCUGUCCAGACAGCGAACACGCGAUUGGAGACAUUCCUGGAUAAAGUAGAACAAGACAUGCUCAAAGCGGAGGCUGCGUUCGCAGACAGCGAGCAACGGCUCGAUGAAUUUGUUACCGAGUCUGAAGCGAAGAUCAAUGCUGCGACGACAUCGAAACUCAAAUAUAAACGUCGCCUCACUGCUAGAAACAAAGAGAUCGAGAUUCUCAUUGACGAGAACUCGGCGCUGCACCACCAUGUCAGUGACCAGUCGCGUGAGCUGGAGUCGAUCGUGCAGAGCAAGAACAAGCUGCUGGCCGAAGCCCAAGGCAAAGAGAAGACCAUCCAGGAGCUCGAGUGGGCUCAUGAGGAGCGACUGCGAAACGAACACAAGAGCAAGGACGAUCAGCUCGAGGAGCUUCGACGGAUCCAAUUGCGUAGUGAGAGCGACUAUGAAUCACAGAUACAAAAGCGAGAUUCAGCCAUGUCAGACCUCAAGCAGGAGCAGCAAAACCGGCUGCGGUUAGAACUACAAGCGAAGGAUUCUAAGAUUAACGAGAUACAGAAGGACAAGGAUGAGUUCGCUGCUUCCCUUGCUGCCGUGGAAGCAGAGCUUUGGGAACUGCGUGAGAACAAAGAAAGCUUCGAGGCGCUGGUCCAGACGCUCAAUGAGAGGAUACAGCAUCUAGAAGAGUCAAAUCGUCCACAAGAGUCGGUAGAGAUUGCCACACCCACCUUUUCUGACGCAAAGAUCCACCAGGAAGAUGCAGAAGCUGGCCCCUCGACACCUCUUCCACCGAAACGCACCACAACCGUAGAUGGUGAACAUGGCAGAUCCAGCGUCCAGCCGGACGUACCGCUCAGCAGCACUGAGCCUGCGGAUGGAUCAGAGUCAUGGUCAAGGGAAGUUGAUCGCGUACGCUUGCUUCGCGACGAGACCGCCAACCAACUCAAAGGCAUGAAGAAGCUAGAAAGCGACCUGAGGAAGUCGCUGAAGGAUAGUGAGAAGCAACUGCAUGACUUGGAGCGAAGCGGCAAGAAUAAGCGCACCCCAACCGUGCUCCGCAAACGUUCCCACUACACGCCCGCCCGCGAUACCGAAACACUAUCGCCCUCGCGCCCUGCGACCGCUGGCCUUCUUCACAACCGCAACACUUCCUACCAGCAUAACUCGCUCUUCCAGGACAAAGAUGACAGUCCUGGUCCGGAGCGCCCUGAAACCGCGAGUCCUGUUCGGCCGAAAACGGCAGGCCAUGCGUCGUCACCGCGCCGGUGGUCUAGUCUACCGCGACCAGGGAGCUCGUAUCGCCCAGCGACGAGCAAGAGCUACGGAAGACUGGGCACGGGGCUUCAGGACGUAGAUGAGCAUGGGAUGAUGGUAGAGAGACCGAAGACGAGUUUGGGUGGGCCUGUGGGCAGGAAUCAAGGAGACAGUCAGAAGAAGAGAUUCACCAGCCUGAGGAGGUUGUUUCACAAGGAGACGUGA